AUGUCCAACACUCGCUCUACGAACACAGAGAAGAAGGAGCUCUACUCACGAGAGUUGGCAGAGUACACCUUCAGACAAUGGGACAGCGCCCGACGGGCGAUGGAAGCGAGCAGAGACAAGCCGCAAGGCAAAUCCCCCCCAAGGUCAACUCCCUCCAGUUCUGUGCAGAGAGAGUCGGGUUACUUGUCGCGCACGUCCCAUGGUGUAAAGUCCAUAGAUUAUGCGCGGAGGUCGUACAAACCUGUCGACUCCAACGGGCGUGAAGGAUGCAGCAUGAAUCGUUCGGCCCCCUUUUCGAAGGUGCAUGUCCAAUAUUAA